AUGGAAUUGGCUGGCCGCUUCAAAGUCAGUCAGGGCACGGUGCGCAAAGCCAUUGAUGAACUGUCUGCGGAAAAUCUGGUCGUGCGCAGGCAGGGGAAGGGCACUUUCGUCGCCACUCACCAUGAGGCGCGUUCGCAAUUUCGUUUUUUGCGGCUGGCCCCUGAUGAGGGCGUGCCGCAUUAUCCUGAGAAUCGCAUUAUCGAAGUCAAACGCAUGCGCGCACCAGCAGAGGUGGCGCGUUUGCUGGACAUUAAAUCUGGUGAUUCGGUCGUCUUUAUCCGUCGUGUGCAGUCUUUUUCUGGUGUGCCUACCAUCCUCGAUGAUUUGUGGUUGCCUGGUUCCAUCUUCAAAGGCCUGACUGCCGAACGUUUGAAUGAAUACAAGGGGCCGAUCGGCCGAGCAAAUCCGUGCGGUGUGUGCUGA